UAAAUUGUUGACAGUCGUGGUGGUGGUGGUGGUAGUAAAGUCAAAUACACGUGGACAGCAGGAAACGUUUGAUACAUGCUUAAUAAAUGUUUAUAUAAAUGAAAUAUUAAUUUCAAUAUUUUUACUCAUAUUGGUUCAUUAGAAUCUUUAAGGACAUAAGAAUGUUAUAUUAUACGUUUAGAAAUUAAUGUUUAAAAUGGAAUUUAAUACAUGCUUUUGAAAAGAGGUUAUAAAUUUUAGAAACUUAUUUUAUAAUUAUAUUUAAAUUAAUAGUAUUAUAGAAAAAACAUUUAUACAUGCUUCAUGUGGACAUAAAGGUAAUGAAUAAUGGCUAAAGCAAAAAAGAAAUUUUUAUCAGAGCUUUCUCAAAAGAAACAAGGUCAGCAAAAUAAAAAAAAAUUAAAUCCUUUUGAGGUGCACAUAAAUAGAGAUAAACAAAAUGUUUUGGGAAGAAAAAACAAAACAGACAAAGGAUUGCCAGGCAUAUCUCGUGCAAAAGCAAUUAAGAAACGCAAAGGAACGCUUCUUCAAGAAUAUAAAUUCAAAAACAAAGAUAAUAUAUUCUUAGAUAAACGUAUAGGUGAAAAGAAUGUUGCUAUGAGUGUAGAAGAUAGAGCUCUUGCUAGAUUUGCUGCCGAACGAAUGAAAGCUCAUAAGAAGAAAAAUAUUUAUAGUUUAAAUGACGAAGAAGUAUUGACACAUAAAGGUCAAACUCUAGAAGAAAUUGAGAAGUUUGAAAAUCCAAAAAGUGACGAUGAGUUUAGUGAUGAUGAGAACAGGACAGGAAAUUUAGAUGAUAAAUUUGUUGGGGAGGCUCACUUUGGUGGAGGUGUUCUAUCAAAAUCAGAAACUCCAAAGUCUAGAAAAGAUCUCAUUGAGGAGCUUAUAGCUGAAUCAAAGAGGCGUAAAGCUGAGAAACAAAAAAUACGUGAACAAACAAUAGAUUUAACAGAAAAACUUGAUUCAGAAUGGAGAGAUCUCCUUCCAAUUAUAACUGCAACUAAUAAAUCGGUAGAAGUUGCUAACAAAUCUAAAGCUGAUGAUUAUGACAUUGCUGUCCGUGAAUUGAAAUUUGAAGCUCGAGGUAUGCCAACUGAUAAAUUAAAAUCUGAAGAAGAAAUUGUAAAAGAGGAGAAAGAAAAAUUGGAAGCCCUUGAAGCAGAUCGAUUAGCAAGAAUGAAAGGAUUUGUAAAUGAUGCAAACAAUGAAAUUAGGCAUAAAUCUGCAGAUGAUCUUGAUGACGGUUUUGUAAUGGAAACUAUAAAUGACGAAGAUCAAGAUGAUGAAAAGGAUAUUUCAAUUAAAAAUACAGAAGAGGACUCGGACAAUGAAGAUGACGAUGGUGACUCUGAUAAUGCGCUUUCUGAUAUUACCAAAGAACCUAAUGAUGAUCAGAACGAGAAUAUACAGUUAAAUACUGUUGAAACAAAUGGUGUUAUUAAAAGAAAGAAAAAAGGAGACAAUAAUGUUGACAAUGAAUCUAACAAAAAUUCUGACGCAGAAUUCUCAAAUGUUGAAAGUUCUGAAGAGGAUGAUUUAUCAGACUUAAAAGCUUCAGAAUCUUCUAGUGAAGAUGAAACUGUACAAUGCAAAAAGAAGAAUGUUAGAUUUGCAAAAAAUAAUGAAAGUGUUUCAAAAGAAAAAGAAAACUUGGAUGUUACAAAAAAGAAGUCAAUAUUAAAAUCAAAAACUGAUGCAAGCAUUCCAGAUACAGAGGAUAAAAACAGAAAACAAGAAAUUAGAGAUGAUUUGUUAAAAAGAAAAGAAAUUAUGGAGAAAGCAAGACAAGAAUUGCCUUACACCUAUAAAGCACCAGAUAGUUACGAAGAAUUGCAAAGUUUGUUAGAAAAUCAUAAUGCUGAAUACCAAUCAGUUAUUAUUGAUCGUAUCAUAAAGUGUAAUCACUGGACAUUAGAUGGCAAAAAUAAAGAAAAAUUAUCAAAUUUGUUUUUAUAUUUAUUACAGCAUAUAAAUGAUUAUGCUGUAGAAGAUGAUGCUAAAAGCAUAAUUAACUUCUUUAAUAUUUUUGACAGGUUGUGUCCUUUUAUAUAUGAUUUAGCACAUAUGAAUUCAGAAAAUGCUAAAACUGCUAUACAAGAAAUAAUUAAAGAGAAGCAUGAAACGUAUGAGAAAAAUAAGAAGAAAUAUCCAUUCCUGGACACUCUUAUUUUUUUUAAAUUAGUUUCUUUGAUAUUUCCAACAUCUGAUUUUAGACACUGUGUUGUUACACCUUGCUUGAUAUUUAUGUCCCAAAUUUUACUUAGGUGUCGUGUGAGAAAUAAAGUAGACAUAGCAAGAGGAGUAUUUAUAUGUACACUUAUUUUAGAGUACACUGUGUUAAGCAAACGUUUCUCACCGGCGGUAAUAAAUUACUUGCGAGGAAUAAUUUAUUUAGCCACACCAAAGCACUUAAUUCAAGGAAAGAAAAUGAUACCACCCUUUAAAACAAACGGAGAAUUAAGUAAUUUGUUGGUGCUUGAUGAUGAUCAAACUAAUCUAGAUAUUGAACCCAGUAAUGCACUCAUGAAAGUAGAAGACUUGAUAGAUGGAGACCUGGAUGAUGAAUUUAAAAUAAGAACUCUAUUAACAGCUGUUAAUCUAUUGCGAGAAUUCAAGAAUCAUUUAGAGGAAUUAGAAGCUGUAUAUUCAAUUUUUGAACCAAUUUUUAAAUUGCUUAAAGCAAAUGUGUUCGAUAAGUAUCCAUUAAAUGUGAAAAAGCACAUUAAACAAUUCCGAAAAGAAUUGAAGGGAUUGAGGAAUAAGAAAUUAGAAUAUUUAGUGGUUCCAAAGAAAAAACCAAAACCACUCAGGCUGUAUGAACCUCAAAUUGAAGCUGUGUAUGAUGGUAAAAAGCAUAAGUCUAUGUCUAAGGAGAAAGCAGAGAGAGAAAAAUUAUUGCAUAAAUAUAAGAAAGAAAUGAAGGGUGCUGUUCGUGAAAUACGAAGGGAUAAAGCUUUCAUAGCGAAAUUACAAAUCAAGCAACAAAUUAAGAGUGAUGAAGAACGUAAACGUAAAGUGAAGGAAAUUUUUGGCGAAGCCGCUACGCAACAAGGUGAACUAAAAAAGCUGAAAAGAAAAAAAUAAAAUUAACAAAAUUCGAUGCUGACAAUUACUGAUCUUACACAAAUUGGAACGUCAGAUAUAAUGGAAAUCGUCAUCAUCGCUAUAUUAGCGAUAUUAGAUUCAUGAGUAUUGUAAUCUGCAUACUUAAAAUGUUUUUGAAAUUAAAUAUUAUACAUAAAAAUAUCUUGACCUUUUUCAUCUACUUUUAAAACACUACAACAGUUGUAUCAGACUGAUAUCAUUUAAGACAAUAAUGUGUACAUAAAUGAUGUAAUUAUAAUAAAGCAUUUUAUAUAAAUUUACUUAAGAUCAGGCACUACGUAUCCUUGCGUUUGUUUUAAUGUGACUGAAAGAAAUUGAAAGAACGAUUUUCUAGAGGAAACAUGACACAAUCAGGAAUGAUAGAAAUUGUAUCUUCUUCCUUCAUGUAUUCUGGCAAAACUAAACCUAUGUUUUUAAUGCCACAAUGUAUGUUACAUGAAGUAUCAGAAUACGGCAACUGGAAAUCUGUGUUGCUUAUAACUUUGUGCAAUGAUUUUGAUUUGUUUUUUAAAUAAAUUAUAGAUUGCCACUUAUCGAAAUACUCUUUUAAAACUUCAAAAUUUUUAAAAGACCUAAUUGCUGCAUUUUCUAGUUGCAAGCAGUGUUUCUGCUCAAUAUUAUGAAGAGUAUAUUUUACAACCUUUUUCAAUCCAUCUCGUAACAGAAAUUUUUUGUACAUUUCUUUGGCUGCUUCAAUAUUGUUUCUCUUUGCAGCUUUUUGAAGAAUGUACUGUUUCCAAAAAGACAAAUAUUUUCUUAAAAUUCUUUGAUUUAUUAUAGAUUUUAUAAACAUUUCUUUCUUCUUCAUUUCAAGGGUAUUUUGUAAUUUGUCACGCCAAUGUACAAUAUA